GAGAAGGGAAAGUUGGACAGCUCACUUCCUUGCUCUGCACUACAAAUCAGAGCAAAUUGCUGAAAGAUCGGAUCUUGAUUUCGAUGCGUUGGGAUUUUGGUGGGAUUUGCGUUGCUUUGUUGUUGCCGCGAAGAUUCCGAUAUAAAGGAGUGAAAGGAGCAAAUCUUCACCAAUCUGUUCUAGUUUCUUCUCGAUUUCAAUUCAAAUUCAUUUCUUCGGCUAUUUGAUUUGAGGAGGAUAUUAUGGCCGUAGCUGCGGAGACGCAGUUCCAUGUCUUAGCGGUGGAUGACAGCAUCAUUGAUCGAAAACUCAUUGAGAGAUUGCUCAGGACUUCCUCGUUUCAAGUUACCGCAGUAGAGUCUGGAAGCAAGGCACUGGAGUUCCUUGGGCUGCUGGAGGGCUUGAAGAACCCACCAUCUGCCCCUGCUUACCAGAAUAUUGAUGUGAAUAUGGUUAUUACGGACUACUGCAUGCCAGGAAUGACUGGGUAUGAUCUAUUGAGAAAAAUUAAGGAGUCAUCUGCUUUGAAGGAUAUUCCUGUUGUGAUUAUGUCAUCUGAACAUGUGCCUUCCAGGAUCAACAGGUGCUUGGAAGAAGGAGCUGAAGAGUUCUUACUAAAACCAGUAAAACUAUCUGAUAUGAAUAAGCUAUUGCCUCGUAUACUAAAAGGGAAAUCGAAAGAGCAUCUGCUGGAAAGCAGCAUUGAUGAUGGCUUCAGCACAAAUAGUGCUAAUCUAAGUGGCAACAAAAGGAAAGUUGUGAAUGAAGAAGAGCUUUCGCCUGAGAGAAAAGUGGCAAGAUUAUGUUGUGAUAUAUAGAAAGGUUGAAGAUAGGUUUUUUUUCUUCAUUUUCUUUUUUUUUUUUUUAAUUUUUGGCAUAUACGUGAUUUUUACUCUUAUUUGUUUCUUUGGGUUCUUUUGGGUGGGAGAGGAGUCUAUAAACAUGCACUUAAUUCGAUUUUGCUGUGCUUACCAGCUCUGUAAUUUUUUUGAAAUGAUUGUGUAUAUAGGGGUGUGUGUUCUAAUUUUAAUUUCAGAAAUAGCAUAGUUUUUUGGGGUUUAGUUAGAUAUUACUUGA